GAAUCAGGAAUAUCACCUUGAAAGCCCCCUCCCCUGAACCAGCCUUCUUUCGUUGACACCUUCUCUUUCCAGCUCUCUCCCUCUGUACACCCAUUUCAAGUUUAUGCUUCAUAGUUCAUACCAACAGGAACGAACCCAGAACCACCCAUCACCAGCUCUCCCUUUCUGUAUAUAAAUCUCUCUCUUUUUCUCUGUUUCUUUGUCUGUGUUGGGUUCAGACUCCAUAACCCACAACAAAAGCUUUGCUUUUUUCUGUGUUUCAACAGGAGAAAUGGUGCACCAUCAGCGGUAUCAUCAGUUGAGGAAAGGCGAAGAUGAUGAAGAGGCACAGAGCCUUGUUGAUGAGUGUGGAAGCGCUGGUUAUUACAAGAGAACAAGGCCCAAGCUUCUUGCCUUACUUUUUCUGUCUCUGCUCUCUUGCUGCUUUGUCCUGGCCCCUUGCCUUUUCAGCUUUCCCAUAUAUUCAUUUGGAGAAUAUGAUGGCCCUGUUGCUGAAAUGGAUGCGAAAACCCUUUGUUCUUCAAUCGCAAAUGGAACUAUUUGCUGUGAUAGAAGCGCCUUUCGUACAGAUACAUGUUUCAUGAAAGGGGAUGUAAGAACGCACUCUUCUUCAUCAUCAAUCUUCCUGUAUGGUUCAAGAAACCCCAACGCCUUUACUGAUCAUGUUUCAAGCAUAUCUGGAGAAGGCAAGGAGUUUGAAGAAGAGCAACUCCAACACGAAAAGAUCAAACCUUAUACCCGAAAAUGGGAAGCCAGUGUCAUGGACACCAUUGAUGAAUUACACCUUAUCUCGAAAAAAGAGGGUUACGGCACUCACCAUCACUGUGAUGUCCACCAUGAUGUUCCAGCUGUGUUCUUCUCCACCGGAGGCUAUACAGGUAACAUAUACCAUGAAUUCAAUGAUGGGAUUCUUCCUUUGUAUAUAACUUCCCAGCAUCUGAACAAGAGGGUUGUGUUUGUUAUUCUUGAGUACCAUGAUUGGUGGAUUACUAAGUAUGGAGACGUGAUUUCGCAGUUAUCAGAUUACCCACCAAUUGAUUUUAGUGGAGAUAACAGAACCCAUUGUUUUCCAGAAGCGAUUGUUGGUUUGAGGAUCCAUGAUGAGCUCACUGUGGAUUCUUCAUUGGUGGAGGGAAAUGAGAGCAUCAGAGAUUUCCGUAACCUUCUAGACCAGGCUUAUUUGCCUAGAAUCAGAAGUUUAAUUCAAGCCAAGGAACAGAAAGUGCAGUCAAAAAUGAAAGAGGAUCCAUCUUUACCACCAUCACUAAAGCCCCCAUUAGAAACAGGGAAAGAAGAGCAAGUACAUCAGUUGAAGAAACCGAAAUUGGUUGUACUGUCCCGAACUGGCGCCAGAGCCAUAACUAAUGAGGAUUUGAUGGUGCAAAUGGCUAAGGAAAUAGGGUUUCAAGUCAAAGUUCUGAGGCCCAAUAGAGCCACUGAACUGGCCAAGAUCUAUAGGGUGCUAAAUUCAAGUGAUGCCAUGGUUGGAGUCCAUGGUGCUGCUAUGACCCAUAUUCUGUUUCUGCAGCCUGGCUCUGUAUUUAUCCAAGUAAUUCCUCUGGGAACAGAAUGGCCGGCAGAAACUUACUAUGGGGAACCUGCAGAGAAGCUUGGUUUAAAAUACAUGGGCUAUAAGAUUCUUCCAAGAGAGAGCUCAUUGUACAAUGAGUAUGCUAAAGAUGAUCCUGUUCUGAGAGACCCAGACAGUCUAGCCAAAAAGGGAUGGGAAUUCACUAAGAGGGUAUAUCUGGAUCACCAAACUGUGACAUUGGACCUCAGAAGAUUUCGGAAGCAGUUGGUUUGUGCCUAUGACUACUACAUCUUAAAAGCCUCGCGACACUCUCAUUUUUUGUCAUAUUGAGUUUUAUUCGUUUUUCUGUCUUCACCCCAUUUUAUUGAGUUCUUGUAUAGAUUGUAUAGACUGUGUUCACAUGCCCUCUUCUGCACAUUUAGUAUAAAAAAAUAAAGCUUUGAAGCAAGCGUUCUUUCA